GCUAUUCAAGAGUACAACUGUUGAUGCCGUUCCGUACACACGCCGUUCCAGUAGAUUUCAACCGCACUUGUUGUGACGUUAGUGUCUGUCGCGCGCACUCUUUCCGGCGAUUUUUGUUUUUAACAUCUAUAUGAUGAGCCUCCCUUUUGUGUAUGUUUAUUUUAUUGGUAUUUUUUUAUUAGUUUGUGACUACGAUGAUUUUAAAAAUGAAAUCAACCUACAGUGAAUUUUAUAAUUCUUAAAAAAUAACUGUGUUUUUCUAAUUUCAAAAAUAACAUUUAGUAUUUAGUAUUUCGAGUGUGAGUGAUUGUGUUAGAAUUUAUUUAAAUGGUUAAAAAAACUUCAAAAGACUCAGAUCCAAUCAUGAUAACGGCGAAGUUAUCACCACCGAAUAAGAUGACCGAUCACGUAGCUCGACUUCGAGUGGUUCAAGAAGUAUCGUCGAGAAACAGUUCAGUAAGCUGGACCAGUUCUUGUACUAUUUCUACAGAAAAAAGUUGGACGGACCAACCAAGACCUCCUGUAUACAACCCUGAAGAUUAUGCAGCGUCUUUGCGGAAAUUCGGUAAAAGGAGUUCAACACCGGACUCUAAAAACGAAGAUUCUUUGAAGUCAAAAGAAAUGACAUUAAAAGAAUUUUCAUCAGCUACUGAACUUCUAGACAAACUCAAAACUGAUUUAAAAUUGGCAUAUUUCAGCUUUGUUCAAGAAUUUGUUGGAGAUCCAAUAGAUGGAAUAACAUUAUUACUAGAACUUCUCAAAACUAUUCAACAGAGCGGAUCUCAAACAAAGAGUACACCAGCAAACCAACGCCGUAUCACAUUAGAUGAAAAUGCAUGUCUUCAGUGUCUUAAGUAUUGCCUACGCUGUCAAGAUGCGGCUAGAAAAUUGGCUAUAUCUUCUGCUGGACUUUACACAUUAGCUGCAUGUAUCAUGAGUACAAUUAACCAAUCUCGUUUAAUAACAUUAGAGUUAUUAACAACAGCAUGUUGUGAUUCGGGAACAGUUGAUGGGCAUAUUACAGUAUCAGAUGCAAUGAGCACAAUGCGUUUGCGAUUUGCUGAGCCUGUACGAUUCAGAUUUUUAGUAGGAAUGAUGUCAGGAAAUGGAAAUUCUGGUAUGGAAUUACUAUUGGCUGGAUUAAAGUUCAUUAAUGCUUUUACAGAGACUUGUCCCGACCUUCAGACAAGGUUUUAUAUUCAGGCAGAACUCAAACAAGCUGGUUUUAAACCAGCUGGUAUACUAAAAAAUAUUUCAAACAAAUCACCACUUCUAAGCUUAGUUUCAGAGGAAAUAUACAAGUGGCAGAAAAAUUUCAUCAACGUAGAGUCACUAAAAAGACAGCAUGAUGAAGUUGUUAGAGAAGCUAAAACUCUUAGAGAAAGAGUUUCCAUAUUAGAAAAGAAACUUCACCUUCUACAAGAUGAGAAACGCGUUGUUUCUUCUCGUAAAGAAAUUACUGAUAAAACCCACAAAAAUAAAAUUGAAGGUUGUGGAAACUCUGCUGAAGAUGAAGGAAUUAGUUCAUCGGAACAAGAUGAUUGUGAGGAAGAAGUUACAUCUAAAAAAUUAAAAAUGCCCUACAAGAUGUACGAUAUAUCGCAGGAUGAUCCAACAAUAGAAGAAGUUUUAGAAACUUUUGAUAAAGUUAUUAACGAUGCAUCAACUGAUUCGAAUGAACGACAAAAUUCUUCAAUCAGCAGUGAUUCAAAACAGUCCUACGAUUAUUCACCAUUGUAUACAGAAGAUGCGGUUAUUAUUCCUGCCAAAAUUAUUCCCGAACCUCCAAGAAGGUCCAGAAGUUUGUUUAUUAACAAGAAUUUUGAAGUCAACCCAUUUUUUGAAGAUGACGAAGAAAGCAUGGAUUCUGUAUGUCUUUACAACGAAAACGAAAUUGACAUUGAAAAGUCUAAAGUUAAAAGAAGCGAGACUUUUCAUUCAGUUCAGAAACAUAUAAAGCGAUUUUCUGAUAUAGCUUUACAAAAAAAACAAGAAGAAAAUGAAAAAAAAGAAGAAAACCAUAGAAAAUCCAUUUAUGAUAUUUUUAGUACAAUUGAACAAAAAAAAAUACAACUUAAUAGGCAAGUAAUGAGAUCGGCCAGUACAAAGAAUAUCAAUGAGUCUCGAUUACCUAUGCUAAAAUUUGACCAAAGUAAACCUGAACGAGCUGUCUACUUCCCGUCAGGUUGUAAAAACACUAGAGACCAACAUAGAACUCUCAUGGCAAGAGGUCAUAAUAAUGCUGGACUAUAUUCCGGAUAUAGAGAUGUCAAAGGAAUUAACCCAAAACACCAAUCGGGCUCAAAUAGUAGUUUAAACAGUUUGAAUGAACUUCGUCAUGUAAACAUGUCAUUGUCUACAGGAAAACUUACAGAUUUCCCGUCGGGAUUAUAUUAGACUGAUUAUUAUUAUAUAUGUUAAGUAAAACGUAUUAAAUAUUAGUUUGUUACAGUAGCGUACCCAAAGGGGGGAUAAAAGAGCCAUAUCCCUCUUCAAUGAUCCAUUAUAUCUAUUAACAAUAUAUGACUAUGGCGCUAGUAAGAGUAUAUGAAAAAAUCCUAUGUACAUGUAUUAUUGUAUUCAUUUAAAAAUAAUAUUUCAGGAUUGUAAUAUGAAUAAAAAUUCACAAAUUAAUAUCAAUAAAUAUUUUGUAAACGUAUUAAGUCGUAAAAUGUAUAAUUUAUUAUUAAUUCAAUAAUAGUUCAUGAAAUAAUAGUAAUUAGUGAUAAUAAUAAUAAUAAUUUUUACUAGAAUUGUUUAAAGCAGAAAGUAUAAAUAUUGCAUAAGAAAUUUUUUAUUAUGAGUUAGUUACCGUUUAUCUAAGUAUGUUUUAU